UGUCGUUCACUAAUCGUUUUGCUUGCGUUUCAAAUUGGUGUGGUUUCAGGAAAAUUUCUUAUAUUUUGUGAAAAAUUAAAAAAAAUGAGCGAUUCAACCAUAAAAUUUGUUGAAUUAAUAGAAACGUACCCGUGUUUAUACAAUAACACUCUUCAAGAGUAUUCGAGGAAGGAUGUUACGGAAAGGGCUUGGAAUGAGGUGUCUCAACAAAUGCUAUGGCCAGUUAGUGAGUGCAAAGAGAAAUGGCGAAACAUUCGUAACAAUUUUGUUCGCAGCCUAAAAGCACCGCCAAGUGGUUCUGGCGCGAAAGCCAAAAAACCGUACUAUCUCCAUGACUCCCUACAAUUUGUGCUACAAUAUAUAAGGCCUGUAAAGCAUUCGGCCGGAAAUGAAAGCAGUGUUUUAUACAGCGAUGUGGACCUCUUUACUGAAAGCGAAGAGGUAGAGGUAUUUACGGAGGAAAAUUCUUAUGACCCGAUUCCGGAAACGUCACAAAGAGUAGAAAGUGGUGUUAAGGCAAGAAAAAGAAAAAAAGAGGGUGAUGGCGAUAUUGCUGAGGCGGUAAUGGAAAUAGUAAAAUCAAGGGAGAAUAGGAAGGGACGUGAUGAGGGACGGGAUGACGGUCGGCGAAUGUUUUUUUUAAGCUUGAUGCCGGAUGUUAACAAGUUGAGCGACGAAAACUUCAUGCAAUUCCGCAUAAAUACAAUAGUUGAGCUACAGAAGAUUUUGCUUCAGCAGGAACGCUCAGGGAACUCUGUUUUCAGACCAAAUCCAAGUCAAUUGUACUACCCGACCUGUUCUACUCCUUCUACUUCGCCAGAUGAUGUAUCUUCUGAGCCAUUCGACCAAAAUCAAAACGUUUUUCACAAGCCUGAGGAAAUAUUUUUUGUCGAACAAUAAGUAUUUUAUAAAUUUACAUAUUGUAGCGAUAUAUCUGUUGUCAUAAGCAAUAACCGUCUAAGUCGACAA